GUUCUCCAUCUUGGGCUCUGUCCUUCGGAGACUUGGCUUGGGUGAUCUUGCACGGGUACCGGAGACGGAGGAAAGUCGCAGGACGCUCCGAGACCGGCCAUGGGAUUGGUAUCAUUUGAAGAUGUAGCUGUGAACUUCACCAGGCAGGAGUGGCAAGAGCUGGAUGCUGCCCAGAGGGCUCUCUACAGGGACGUGAUGCUGGAGACCUACAGCAGCCUGCUGUUCCUGAAUGUCAAUAAAGUAAGUGCCCUGAUUGACACCAGCAAGGCAAAUCCUGAGAUACAUUUGGGACAGCUUGCAAUAACUGACCAAGACAUGAUUAAAGGGAAACUAAAGACCAAACAGGAAGUCUACAAAGGGACAAAAUCCUGUCGUGGUAGAGCACCUGUAAAAACACGUCACCAAAAAUUAAAGAAAAGCAAGACUCAUACAUCACACCGAGGUGGGAAACUCUACAAAUGUAAGGACUGUGGGAAAUCUUUUUGUAAUAACUCAACCCUUAUUAAGCAUCACAGAAGAACUCAUAAUGCAGAGAAGCGCUUUGAAUGCACUGUAUGUAGUAAAACGUACCACUGGAAGUCAGACCUCACUGCUCACGAGAAAACUCACAACAAACAGGAGAGGACAUAUGAGUGUAAAGAAUGUGGGAAAGCUUUCUUCCGUAAGUCCCAUCUCAAUGUUCAUGAAAAAACCCACACAGGUGAGAAGCCGCAUAAAUGUAUGGAAUGCAUGAAAGCUUUCUAUUACAAGUCAGACCUGACUCGACAUAGAAAAACUCACUUGGGUGAGAAGCCCUUUAAAUGUAAAGAGUGCAUGAAGGCUUUUUCUCGCAAGUCAAAGCUCGCCAUACAUCAGCAAACUCAUACAGGUGAGAAGCCUUAUGAAUGUACAGAAUGCAGGAAAACUUUCUCCCAUAAGUCACAGCUCACUGCACAUAGGAUAGCUCAUUCAUCCGAGAAUUUUUAUGAAUGUAAAGAAUGCAAUAAGUCUUUCCACUGGAAGUGUCAGCUCACAGCACAUCAGAAGAGGCAUGCAGGACGAAGCUUCCUGAGUGGAGAACAGAGAACACUGCCUGGAGAAGAGCAGGGCACUGUUCACAGACUCCUUGCAUGACUUAUCUGUCCUCAGAGGCUCCACAGAGAUGGUGUCAGGGAGCUCGGUGGUUAAGAGCUCUGGCUGUAGGUUUCUCCGUGUAGCCUGGCUGUCUUGGAACUUGCUCUGUAAACCAGGCUGACCUCUAACUCAGAGAUCCUCCUGCCUCUGCCUCCCAGGCUCUUGCUUUAUAAUUGUGAUGAUCCUAGCACCUGUUUGACAAGUCAGCAACCCUACAAACACCUGUCAGCCCAGCUCUGACGAUGGCAGAGACGGGGAUCACUUGAACUUGCUGAUUCCUAGUCUAGCUGGGCCAUGAGCCCCGGGUUCAGGAGGGGGCCCCUUAUGAGAGGAAUAGGUGGGGAGUGAUGGAAGUGGUCACUCAGUGCACACUGCUGGUUUCUCUGUGUGAGUUUGGGUAUACAUCUAAACACACGUGUAAACAAAGAGUGGUGGAAAGGUGUUUGUCACCAAGUCCGAUGACCUAAUGAAAGACCCCUGUCCAGCUUGCUAAGCAGCUUAGCACCAGA